CAACACAUUCCCCAGAUGUUGCAUACUCCGCAAUCUCUGCAGAAUCUACGCCGGCAUGUUGCCGGUUCAAGCCCGAGGGUGCCCGUGGUGGCCACAUCAAGGCACGAUGCAACAAUAUAUCGGGAAUUGAUGGAAGGAAGGUUGCUUCAUUCCACGUCUUUAUAUAUGAGAGUUCCUUCAUUACCUCUCUUUCCCAAGUGACUCCCAUACAGCAGUGUCUUGUCCCUGUCUUUCAAUAUCAGGAAGGAUCGGUCGUCAUUGACGAGAAACAGCUUGACCUCAUAACAAGCAGCCAUGGCUAUCUCAUCUUCCACGAGCCCCUAUCCACAGGUGGCCUUUAUCGGCCUCGGAGCCAUGGGCUUCGCCAUGUCCACUCAUCUUGUCCGGACAGGCUUCAACGUCGUAGGGUACGACAUCUACGGACCCACUCUGGAGAGAUGGCAAUCUACCUGCGACGACAUCCCCCAUUCCAAGGCAUCAACAGCAACAUCACCCUCAGAAGCCGUCAAGAACGCUCAAGUGGUAUGUCUGAUGGUCGCAAACCACCACCACGUCCACUCUGCUCUCUUCGACGAGAAAGUCGGAGCCGUCCACGCCCUCCCACAAGGAAUCACCGUCAUCAUCCAUGCCACAAUCCCACCAACAGAGCCAUCACACGUCCGGACACGACUGACAGAGGAGUUCAAACGGCCUGACAUCCGAUUGAUUGACGCCCCUGUAUCCGGAGGCGUAGCUAGAUCCAUCAACGGCACGCUAACCAUCAUGGCCGCCUCCGACAGCGCCAAGAACCUCGAGCAUCCAGACGCCAGAAUCGUUCUCGACAACGUCUCCAGCAAGGGCAAGACACUCUUCGUUAUUCCCGGCACUCUCGGCGCCGGCCAAUCAGCCAAAGCCCUCAAUCAGGUCAUGGCCGGCAUCCACAUCCCCUCUGCCUCCGAGAUCAUGGGCCUCGCCGCGAUCAACGGCGUCGACACCCAGAAAUUCUACGACACACUAACUACCAAGGACUCCUCAGGCAAGACGGCCGUAGGAUGGAGCUGGAUGUUCGAAAACCGCGGUCCCCGCAUGUUGAGCGCCGAGCCGCCCAUGGCGUCCGCCACCGCCAUCAUCAACAAAGACGUAGGCAUUAUUCGAGACGAGGAAGUGCGACUGAACGUCGAACUCCCCCUUCUCAACGAGGCCGACGGCAUUCUCAAGGCCGUCAUGAAGACCCACUCCAGCGCCGACGACAGCUGCAUCGUCCAGUACUACCUCGGCUUCAACUCCGAGCGAGCCAGCCUCGUGGUUGAGUGCGCCGGAAAAUCCCAGAUGUCCAGCGCAGAACAAGAUUCCAAAAUCCAAGAUCUCGCAACUGCCCACGCGGUCAUUCAUCUCAUUUCCGCGUUCGACACCAUCACCUUCGCCAAAGCCCUGAAUUUGAUGCACGCAGACCAGAAGAAGCAGUGGUAUACGCUGAUUUCCGGCGCCGCAGGUGGCAGCACCAUCUUCUCCGAGGUGAUUCCACUCGCAUUCACCGACUCGGAUGGUGUGGAGGCUGCUUUCAAGAAGUAUGCCAACGAGAAGUUCGGUGCUGAUAUUUUGGACAAGACGCUGUCCAUCAUCAAGAAUGCAAAGAGUCAAGGCUAUGAGCCGAAGAUACUCGAGGCCGCAGUGGCACGUUUCAGGAAGUUUGUUGAGUAGAGUAAAACAUGCGUAGAUGAAGCUAUGUGGUCGCUUUAUGCUAGGUAGCAGGGCCUUAUUUGGGAGUUCGGAUACACCUGGCUGGUAGCCAUGGAAGUACAGCGUCAAAGGAGUCCGACAUAGUGUCAUGUAUGCAUCCCGCGGAAGUAUGAUUGUGAUAUUCCUAUCUUCCAAGCAUAUCUAGCUGUGAAACUUAGCGACGACUGACAGCCCGCUCUGGCGAACUAAUCUUAAUGCACUUCAGGG